CUUUCAAUUCAAUCGUCUGCUCCGUUCCCACUUUCUUUCUCCGUCAUAUCCGAUUGCAAUUUUUCUCUUUUAUUCCUUUAAUUUUCUCGAAAAUCUCCAAACAUUCAAAAAAAUAUUUGAGCUUUAUGCAUAAUCUAGCUAAAACCUAAUUCAAUUUCACUUGAUGGAGGGCGAGGAUCAGGGUCCCAAUGUUCUAUCGAAAGAGACCCAGGUUUUGUAUUCUAGGGUUUCUGCUUUGUCCCUCCAUGAUGAGGCCAGCAAUUCGCCCAAGGAUAACAUGGGGCGUAAAUCUAGGGAGAACUGUGAUUCUCUGAGUGAUGUUGCUGCUGAUGACAACCAAGAAAUGAGUGUUUCCAGAGAAUGUGAUGCUAAGUUAUCACCUGUUGUCAUUCAGGAGUUCAAUGAUAAGAAGGAAGAGCAGAGAGUUGUACCACAAAAGCCUGGGAAAUACUUCUUUUAUGACUCUCCACUUUCUGAAGAUACUGGAGUUUGGAUACCAGUCUCAGUUCCACCUAUGCUUGAAAAUGAGAAUGAAGAAUGGGCCAGAAGUCUUCACUCGAAUGGGGGUUACUUCCCCGAUGGUGAUAUGGGAUGGAACCAGUACCUUGGGCAGGAGAAAGAGUUGACCAUGUGGGAUGUGAUAGUGGAAAUGAUACUUGCAGCCCGUGGAAAAGUUAGUGCUUUUGCUUCUGGUGAUAUUCAUAACUUUUCAUGGGUAUCAAGUCAUGUACUAGAGCAAGCUUGGCGAGAGAUGGCCCAAACUCUUACUGAGGUUAAUUUUGGUAACGUAGUGGAAAUUCUUGAAGCCGAGCCACCAAAGUGGUUGGCUGACAGUGCUGCUUCUUCCUGUAUGCUGUGUGGGGUGAGGUUUCAUCCAAUCUUGUGCUCGAGACAUCAUUGCAGGUUUUGUGGAGGAUUAUUUUGUGGUGAGUGUUCCAGAGGAAGGAGCUUAUUGCCAGCUAAGUUUCAUGUUUCUGAUCCCCAACGUGUCUGUGAUGUAUGCUGUGUGCGGCUUGAGACUGUCCAACCAUACUUAAUGGACCAAGUAAGCCAUGCUGCUCGUCUGCCAACCCAUGAUGUGACAGACCUUAGUACUUUGAGAUCCUGGGUUAAUUUUCCAUGGGGACAGUCCAUGGAUUAUGAAAUUUACAAGGCCACAAAUACAGUCCGGGGUUAUAUCACUAAGGUGGGCUCUUUGAUACCUGAGAAAUCCAUUCCAGAUGCCAUUCUUAGAGAAGCAAAAGGCCUGGCUAUACUAUCAAUUGCGAAAGUUGGUGUGAUGGUUACAUACAAUAUUGGAACGGGACUCGUGGUUGCUCGUAGAGAUGAUGGCUCAUGGUCUCCACCAUCUGCCAUUUCUUCAUUUGGUGUGGGAUGGGGAGCUCAGGCAGGUGGAGAGUUAACAGACUUUAUAAUAGUUUUGAGAACAACUGAUGCUGUCAAAACAUUCAGUGGUUGUGCUCAUCUUUCUCUUGGAGCUGGUUUGAGUGCAGCAGUUGGUGUUGUUGGGAGGGCAGUUGAAGCUGAUGUACGAGCUGGUGAUGGGGGUUGUGCUGCAUGUUAUUCAUACAGUUGCAGUAAAGGUGCAUUUGUUGGAUGCUCACUUGAAGGGAGCAUUGUCACAACCCGUUCACGAGUUAAUUCACGGUUCUAUGGCAGACAUUCAAUAACUGCAACUGAUAUAUUACUUGGCUCAAUGCCUAGGCCACCUGCUGCUGCUAUUCUCUACCAUGCACUUGAAGACCUAUAUAAGAAGCAUGAAAUGUAGGUGCCUGGUACUUGUCAUUAAGAGAUUCAACAUCAUGAUGAAAAUCUAUUAAGCCAAGAAUCUGUUUUUGUGCAUAGUCUGUGUUACCGUUCUUUCCCGGUUAUUAGGCAAAUGUCUACAUGGCAUAGGCAUUAAGUGGGAAAAUGAAAGCAAAAUGUUCACCAUCGAAAUGUACAGUGACAAAUCUUUGGUGUUGUAUAUAUGAUUUAAAGUUGUUCAUUGGGACAAAAGAACAAAUUUGAAAAGAUAAAAUAUUAAAGCUUUCGGUGCAUGCUUUCCAAUUUCCAUAUGUUUCAAUGUUCUGUCAUAGACUCAUAGCCGAGUUAAAUUUUCUUGAGCACCCUAAAAAGGUUAAUAUGAUUAUGACUGUAAGCAUUAGUGCUGAUAUGAUUAACAAGCUGACCUGUAACUUUCUGGGCGCAGUGCCACUAACAAUUUUGUUCCUUUUACCAAUGGCUUUGGGCCUUUGAUGUGAUAACUUUAAUUGCCUGCCCUUCAAGUGGGGAACCAUAAAAGCCUUUCAAAGAUCAAAGUUCCCUCUAAAGUUCUCAAAUUCUCAUGGGUCAAAGAAUUGCCACUUUGUCUUGACUUUUGACUUUGUGGCUAGAGGGAAGAGGAAUUGAAGGUAAAAUGGACUGAAUAAAUAUGUUUAAACACA